AUGGAGGGAGCUGAUGCUUCCGGCCGGGCGUCGCAACUGACGGCCGACGGAACGAAGGCUCUGUUCGAUGCUGGGCGAGCGGCGCGGGUGGUGGGCAUGAACGGGUACUGCAUUGUGCGGUCGGCCAUCGACCCGACCUUCCUCCGCGACACCGUGCGGCCGGCCUUCGACGCCCACUUCACGUCGGUCGUGCUCCCGCGCCGCCCGCAGCCCAACCGCGGCCCGGGACGGUACCAAGCCGUGCUGCCGCUCACCGCGCCCUUCAUCGACCCGCGUCUUGUGGGCGCCGACAUGAUCGUGCGGGUUCUCGACCACCUGCUGGGUCCCGACUUCGUUCUUUCACUCGCCUCGUCCCAUGUCGCCCUGCCCGGGUGUGAGCAGCAGGAGCCGCAUAUCGACUACGAGCCUCUCUUUGAUACAUUCCUCCCGCUCCCGCCCUACUGCGUCUAUGUCCACAUUCCGCUGGUAGACCUCACGCCCGACAACGGACCCACCGAGUUCUGGUCAGGUUCGCCCCACAUGGCCAUCAGCAGCGUCAUCUCAUCGCUGCGCGAGUUCAGUUCGCUGCCCAUUGACGUCCUGCCAUCGGACAAGGUACUCCUGAACGUGGGCGACGUUGUGAUCAAGGACAUGCGGUGCUUCCAUCGAGGCACGGCCAAUACCACCGACCAAGCGCGGCCCAUGCUCUCCCUCAUCUACUCUCGCAAGUGGUAUCGCUUGCCCUACGAAAAGCUGUACAAGGAGGAGGGCUACCCGCCCAUGGCUAUUAAGAAGAAGGACCUGGACCGCCUCCCGCCCCACCUCCAGCCUAUGUUCCGCUUCUGCCGUGUCGCCGAGCCAGAGCAGGCAUUAGAGGACCAAACACAACCAUCAGCUUGA